CUCUAUGCAAAUACUUCGCCUUCAACACAUCUCAAAACUCAGAAAAUCGCAAUCUUCAAUCUCCGCUACUUGGAAAUGGAAGCGCCAGCUGUGGAAAGAGACUUCUACAGACUCCACCGUCGUCCACACAAACAAAGCGAUAACAGUAAGCUGCCAAAACAGAGAUUUAGAUCAUGCCCGCCAACUGUUCGACGAAAUGCCCCAACGAACAGUUGUCUCUUGGAACACCAUGAUCACCGGCUAUUACAAAUGGAAUCUCACCACCGACGCUCUAGGAUUAAUCUCCCUCAUGCAUCACUCCGGCGUCAAGCUCAACGAGACUACAUUUUCCGUUUCACUGAGCGUGUGCGGCCGGGCGCAGUCGUUGGCAAACGGGAAGCAGCUUCAUGGGCUGGUUCUGAAAUCCGGGUAUGAAAGAUUCAAGCUUGUCGGGAGCGGGUUGAUGUACUUGUACGCUAAUUCUCGCCGUAUCAGCGAUGCCCGGAAACUGUUCGACGAAUUGCACGAAGAAAACGACUUGUUAUGGAGUUUGAUGCUGGUUGGUUAUGUCGAGUGUGACUCGAUGGCCGAGGCUGAGGCCAUCUUCCGUCAAAUGCCGAGGCGCAGCGUGGUGGAGUGGACUACCUUGAUCUCGGGGCAUGUGAGGAGCGAGGCUGGGUGCUGGAAGGCGCUGGAGGCGUUCAAGAUGAUGAUAGACGGGGGCGAGGCUGAUCCGAAUGAGUUCACUUUGGAUUGUGUAGUGAGAGGUUGUGGUAAGAUGUGUGAUCUCAUGAAUGGAAGGGUGAUUCAUGGGCUUGUGGUGAAGUUAGGAUUUGAAUUUGAGUGCACAAUUUGUAGUGCCCUGGUUUUCCUGUAUUGUAGCUGUGAAUAUGUGGAUGAUGCCAUGGAUGUUUGGAGGUACAUGUCAUGUAAAUCCGUGAGAGAUUCGAACGAGUUGAUCAAGGCAUAUGCAAGGUGUGGUCGAGUUGAGGACUCGAAGAGAUUGUUUAUGGAGACACCACUCGAAAUCCUGAGCUCGACGAACACCAUGAUCUCUGUGUAUGCGAGGAAUGGUGAGGUCGAGAAAGCUUUGGAUCUUUUCGAGAAGGUGAAGUUGGAAGGAAGCCCUAUUAGUUGGAACUCGAUGAUAUCAGGGUAUAUCCACAACGAUCACCACGAGAAUGCGUUGGAUCUCUACCUAACCAUGUGUAGAUCGUCCAUAAGCCCGACUGCGUCCACCUUUUCCGUGUUGCUCCACGCGUGUGCCUGCAUGGGGUCUCUUCAGCAGGGGCAAGUGGUUCACGGCCAUUUGGCGAAAACUCCGUUCUCCUCCUCCGUUUGUGCGGGAACAGCCCUCAUCGACAUGUAUUCGAAGUGUGGAAGCAUUGCAGGUGCAAGGGACGCGUUCAGCUGCAUCUCUUCGCCCAACGUGGCAGCUUGGACUGCCCUGAUCAACGGGCACGCGCACCACGGCCUUGGCCCGGACGCGGUGUCGUUAUUCAGUCUCAUGCUGGAGAGGGGCGUGACGCCAAAUGCAGCAACUUUCGUGGCCGUCUUGUCUGCUUGUGCGAGAGCAGGUAUGUUAGACGAUGGAGUGGCAAUUUUCCGAUCGAUGAAGGAAGAAUACCGUGUAACGCCAACACGGGAGCACUUAACGUGUGUCGUGGAGCUCCUUGGGCGGUCAGGGCUGGUACGUGAGGCCGAGGAAUUUGCGGAGUCGGUGCCUUUUGCAGCAGACAAGAUUGUGCUGACCACACUGCUGCAUGCUAGUUGGUCUUGGAUGGAGACGGAGGUGGCAGAACGAGCGGUGCGGAGAUUGCGAGCGUUGGAUGCGAACUCAGCUGCGGCGUGCGUUAUAAUGUCGAACGUGUAUUCGGGGACGGGGAAGUGGGGGAAGAAGGCGGAGGUGAGGGAGGCGUUGAAACGACGGGGGGUUACGAAGGAUCCAGGGUGUAGUUGGAUUGAUAUAAACAGCAGAAGCCAUGUAUUCUCUGUUAGCUGUAGAAACCAUCCAAAUUCUGAAAUGAUAUAUGCAACUUUAGAGUCUCUGAGAUUGAAUGGAAGCUCAAAUCAAGACUAA